UCCAUGCCCGCCCUGCCUCCAGCUCCCCUCCUCCACUGUAUGUACACACUCAGUUGAGGGUUUUUGUGUCUGAGAGCAGCCUCCUGUUGACAUCAUCACCUGGGGACUCCUCCUCGCUCCCAUGAGGUAUAAAGGAUCUCUUGUUUCCGUGGCAGCAUCUCAUAGCUACAUCACGCCCUCUUGCUGGUGCUCACACUUUUCAAGCACCAGCCAAGCAGAACACUUCACGGGCUGAGGGUUUUGUUUGUUGGAAAGUCUGUAGACUCUGUAUCCUGUCAUCAGAGAUCCACCAUGUCGAUGGGCAUGGAGAUCGUGGGCAUUGCCCUUGGUGUCAUUGGAUUUAUCAUCGCCAUAGUGACUUGUGCCCUGCCAAUGUGGAGGGUCACGGCCUUCGUCGGGGCCAACAUCGUCACUGCUCAGACCAUCUGGGAGGGUUUAUGGAUGAACUGUGUCGUCCAGAGUACGGGCCAGAUGCAGUGUAAGGUCUACGACUCGUUGCUUGCUUUGCCUCAGGAGCUGCAGGCCUCCAGAGCCAUGAUGAUCAUCGCCAUCAUACUGGGCGUGCUCGGGGUCAUGAUCUCCAUCGUCGGCGCCAAGUGCACCAACUGCAUCGAAGACGAGCCGUCCAAAGCCAAAGUGAUGAUCAUCUCUGGGAUCUUCUUCCUCCUCGGUGGACUCUUGGUUCUCAUUCCUGUGUCCUGGACCGCCAGCGUUGUCGUCAGAGAUUUCUACAACCCCCUCCUGACCAGUGCGCAGAGGAGGGAGCUCGGGGCAUCGCUGUAUAUCGGAUGGGGAUCGGCUGCCUUGCUGUUGAUCGGCGGGGCGAUGCUGUGCAGCAGCUGUCCUCCAAAAGAGCAGAAGUACAAACCGCCCCGUAUGGCCUACUCCGCCCCACGCACCGCCAGUGGAGGGUAUGACCGGAAAGACUAUGUUUGAUCGCUUAGAGCUUGAUUUGAAGAAAUGUCAAUGUCUGUUGCACAAAUUUUUUUGUAUGUGUGUUAGUGUGUAUUUUUUCUAUCUGAAGAUAACAGGGAGAACCCCACAUAAAGACUCCGAGAUGAAGUUGUGUGUACAGAAUUAUUAGUUUUUUGCUUUGCUUUUGCUGGCACUGUAUUUACAUCAUGGUAGUGCCUUUCCUCUACCUGCGUCAUCCAGCAGGUUUGCCUUUAGAGUCUGUUUUCCUCUAAAACAUAAAGCAUAUUGUAUUUCUACUCAAAGCUUAUGUGGCAUUAUGUGCAUUUGAAAACACCUGUUUCUUCUGUGUGUGUGUGUGUGUGUGUGUGUG